AACGUGACUUCCGGUUGUCAGUUUCUCCGGACGCGGUGGCGGCAGCGGCGGCGGCGGAGGAGGAAGAGGAGGAGGAGGAGGGAGAACUGUGCGGCCCCAGUAGUGGUGGGCUCCAGGGGGCUCGCCUCGUCCUGCCCCGCCUGCGAUGCAACCGCGGCGCCCGGACGGGUUCGAUGGCUUGGGCUAUCGCGGGAGUGCACGGGAUGAGCGCGGUUUUGGCGUGGCCUUCCCUGCAAGGUCCUUCAGCUCCGGGCCGGAGCUGGGCCACUGGGUGACCACUCCCCCAGACAUCCCCGGGAGCCGCAACCUGCACUGGGGCGAGAAGAGCCCGCCCUAUGGCGUGCCCGCCCCCUCCACCCCCGAGGGCCCGGCGGAGGAGCCCUUUCCCGGCGGCGGCGGCGGCGGCGGCAGCCUCGGCGGCGUGCCGGGCCCGAGCACGGGUGAGGGACUCCGGGAGCCAGGCCGGGAACAGUUGAGUAGAUUUGCUGGAUUUGGUAUUGGACUUGCAAGUCUCUUUACAGAAAAUGUACUGGCUCAUCCUUGCAUUGUUCUACGCCGCCAAUGUCAGGUUAAUUACCAUGCUCGGCAUUAUCAUCUCACUCCAUUUACAGUCAUCAAUAUUAUGUACAGCUUCAAUAAAACUCAGGGACCAAGGGCCCUUUGGAAAGGAAUGGGAAGUACAUUUAUUGUCCAGGGAGUCACACUUGGAGCAGAAGGAAUAAUUAGUGAAUUCACACCUUUACCAAGGGAGGUUUCACAUAAAUGGAAUCCUAAACAAAUAGGAGAACACCUUCUGCUGAAAUCCCUAACUUAUAUAGUGGCAAUGCCUUUUUAUUCAGCAAGUCUGAUUGAAACAGUGCAGAGUGAGAUAAUUCGAGAUAAUACUGGGAUUUUGGAAUGUGUUAAAGAAGGCAUCGGAAGAGUGAUAGGCCUGGGAGUGCCUCAUAGCAAACGACUACUUCCUCUUCUCUCCUUGAUCUUCCCCACGGUGCUGCAUGGGGUUCUUCAUUACAUCAUCAGCUCCAUCAUUCAGAAGAUUGUCCUACUAAUUCUAAAGAGAAAGACUUAUCAUGGCCACCCAGCUGAGAGCACUAGCCCAGUGCAGAGUAUGCUGGAUGCUUAUUUUCCAGAACUUAUUGCUAACUUUGCUGCCAGUCUUUGCUCUGAUGUUAUACUUUACCCCUUGGAAACAGUUUUGCACCGCCUUCACAUUCAAGGAACACGCACAAUAAUUGACAAUACAGACCUUGGCUAUGAAGUGCUUCCAAUUAAUACACAGUAUGAGGGAAUGAGAGACUGUAUCAAUACCAUAAAGCAGGAGGAAGGAAUGCUUGGUUUUUAUAAAGGGUUUGGUGCUGUUAUAAUACAGUACACACUGCAUGCAGCUGUCCUACAGAUUACCAAAAUCAUUUACUCUACGCUUCUUCAAAACAGCGUUUGAGAUAUAAGUUCCCGAUUAGUCUAAAAGGCACAAUCUGGACACUUUGCUAUGAAAUUGUAGGGUAUAAAAGUGAUACUGGGGGGGAAAUGGAAUAUAAGUGAAACUGGUAGAGAAAGCCCAUGCUCAUUAUAUUGACUUUUUUUUAAGGCCUAGGUCUCUUUGGGAUCAAAAGUAUUCCAAAUUUGAAAACUCAAUAAAAAUAAUACUCAUCAAUUAAAUUCUAGCUAGUGUAGCACGCAUACUGAACUAAAAUUGGUCUUGAGCAGAAGCAAAAAUUUAUCAGCAAACACAAAACAAAAUUUUACAGAACUGAAUUUAUUCCAUCUAACUUUAAUAUUUAUUACAUGUUAAUUUUACCUUCUUGGUUGAUAUUGGUAUGCCAUUCUUAAUAUAUAGUAUCAAGAGGUCAUAGUUUACCUUCAAGCAAAUAAAUAUGUAACCAAUGAUAAUGAUGAGAAGGAUUAGAUUUGGCAAUCUGUAAUCAGGAGUUGAAGUUUUAAAUUGUAUUAUCCUUAUAUAACGUUUUAAUGGCUGCAUAUUUAUUACAUAAAGCCAUUUAUGUUCACAUACAAAACUUGGAAUUUCCUUCCUUUCAACAAAUUUUCCAUCUUUAGAUCAGCUUAAUGCAUAAGAUGAAGUCACACACUUUCUGCUUAAAUAUAAAAAUAAAAUAUUAAAAGCCAAGUUAUCCAAAGAUUUAAGGCAAACAAUACACUUGUCUAUAUCCAAAUACAGCAUUUCGGUGCCAGCAACUUAAUAUUCGUCAUAUGUUUAUAAAGCUUGAUUUGCUUACCUAGUUAUGUGAAUCAUCAGGCUGUUUUUAGAGCCACUCUUAACAGAGAUAGAAAAUAAAAUAAUCAUGACAACUAUUACUGUUUCUAAAUUUAGAAAUUGUGUACUGAAAGGAAUGUCACUUGUCUUUCAUUUCUGAAUGACCUGUCUUAGUGGAGACGCAAUUAAAAUUCACCUGGGAAUUUGUGCCUCUUGCCUUCUGUAUAGUUAUCAUAAAUUAAUGUCUUCAGUUUUUAUUCCAGGUUUGUUUAAAAUUUCAUACUCGAAACUAGAUAUACAUAAAUGGAAAAGCAGGUCUCUCCAUAUCGCCCUUUAUUUAAACUUGUUUGGAUGAAUACUGAAGAAAAAAUAUAAACUUUAAAGGAAGUUUGUCCUCGCUUUUUAUGGAUGAGGUAAAGAGGUAAAUUUCAAUAAAUAAGCAAAAAAAUAAUCAGUUUAAUAAAAAAAGUUGUAUGUUCCUAAAUGGAUGAAGCUCUUUGUGUAGUAAAAUGAUAUGCAUUUGACUGAUCCAUCAUUAAACAUUUUGAAGUUUCAUUUCCUCCUGUAAGUGGUCACAGUUUUACUAUGAGCCAUGUAGCACACUGAAGUGCAGUGACUUUGCACUUACAUUUUCCAACCAGAUUUAUAUAUAGAUUUAUUUUAGUUGCUAAAUAUCAGCGAAGUGGUUACUUUAUGUGAUUAAUAAUGUCAGAAUCAAAAAUGAUAUCCAGAAAGUGUGAAACAGUAUUUAAGUAGCAACUCUCUUUACUAUCCUGUGUUGUAUGUUUGUGGGUGGUUUUUCCCCCAAUUACUAAAACAUACAAGUUGUACGUUUUUAAAUUUCACCAAGAGAGGAAAAAUAAAAUUAAACACCACUGAUCAUAUGUAUUUUAUGGUUAUUCCUUCAGAUUAUGGUUUAUUUUGUCCAACAUAUGGCAUUUAAAUUAUAUUUAUUGCUUUUAAACUACUAAGUAAAUUGUUAGAUAUUUAUAUGUCGAACUUCCUCAAAAUCCUUUUAUUUUUAUUAUAAUCAAUGAAUAUUAUUUCAGACAAGAGUUAACUUCUGAAAAUUCCAAGUUUCAGAAUAUUUCUGGAAGAGAAUCUGAAUGGAAUCAAGUAUUUACUAGUGGAAAUAUUGGGAUCUUUCACCUAGCUAAAAAUUAGGUAUUUCAAGAUUGAUGGAAGUUAGCAUGAAGAUUCAGUUAGAUAACUUUCAUUUUGAAAUCAUUAUAAGACUAAUAAUAGCUUGAACCACACACAAGUAAGGUUAGUCUUGUUUUCUGUCUCUUUGGAAAAAGAAUACAAAUUAACAUCAAAACUAAAAUGGAAAUGUGGCCAAAAAAAUUGAAAUGUGGCAAGUUAAAAUACUAAUUUUUUUUAACCCCUCACCCGAGGAUAUAUUUUAUUGACUUUAGAGGAAGAGGAAAAAAGAGAGAGAUACAUGAAGAGAAACAUUGAUCUGAUCAAACCCGCAACUUGGGAGUGUGCCCUGACCCUUUCGGUGUACUGGACAACACUCUAGCCGGCUGAACCACUCAGCUAGUGCAGAAUACUAAUAUUUUUUACUCCAUUCCAAAUUAGUUGAAAUAUAAAAAUCUUUAAAAUUUAAGCACUUAAAUGCUGGCCAAAUAUAUUUAACUGAAUUUAGAGAGGAAUAAGUGAAACAUUGGAUAUUCUCUUUCCCUUUUUAAAAGUGCUCUAUUUCUUUAGUAUAUAGGUGCCAAAAGCAAAUAUCCAUGCACUGCAUUUCUUUAGGUGAUAAUAGCUCAGAAUAAUAUUUGUAAUUCAGUAUGAUUAAUAGUAUUAUGAAUGGGCAUCUAUUAAAAUAUUCCAUAGGCCCAAUGGUCCUUUCACACAAUUGAUUUUGGCCAUGGACAUGAAGUGUAAUAUGCUUCUCUUACAUUGUAUGAUUUCUUAAUUUGAGUCAUAGCCAGAAAGCAAUUGAAUUAAAAACUGAAACACAUGAUAAAUAUUAAUUUACUUUGUUUAGUGAAUUUGUUCAUUGCUUUGUUCAUUGAUUUGCUAAAUCUGUUUAUAAAUUUCUUUACCGUGAGGUACCCUUUCUAGACCCUUGAAAAAUAAUUCCUAAAUUUAUCAAAUUUAGUCAAGCCUCUAAACUUUCAGCACUAGAUGCUAUGAGAUAGUUAAAAAGCAGCCAAUUUCAAAAUGGCUCUGGAUUGGGGGAUGUGAUGUCUUGGUUACUGUUUUCACAAACAAAACUGGAGAGGUAAGGAGUCUCGCUCAUGUACCUGACUACUCACAGCUGUCUUUUUAGUACUGGCUUUCUUAUAACGGCACAAAAUAUUCAUUUUAGGUAAAAUGAAGCUUUUGAGCACAAAAGCUUCAACAUUUCUCUGUGUUGAUAGAUCUGCUCAGAAAAUAAAAUAUUCUGCUUUGAUACUGGUCUUUUUCACAUGCGAUUCUGGAGAAUGUUUGCCCUCAGUUUGCUUACUCCCAUGUUUUAACAUAAAGGACUACUUUUCCAGCUCUUGAAAGGAUAGGCAGGUUUGAAUUAGUUAUUUUUAAUAAUACAUAAGCAAAUAAAACCCGCUUAGUAACAAUCCACAUUGCACUAGAAUUUCAGUGAUCUUAAUGUUGGCAUUUCUGCUUUCUCUUCUAAAUUGUACAUUUUGCUUGCUAAUGUAAUGUCUUUCUUUUGAGUCAUUGAGAAUCACUGAUAUGGUACCAAGUUGUAUAGCACAGUAGCAACAAUUUGGGAUUUGACAAUGACUCUUAUAAUAUUACCUCAACUAGAAGAGGUGUUUUAUCUGUAUGUGUAUUUUGGUGUAUCUUUUUAAGUUGUUUUUAUCUCACCGGUGUUUUAAAUCUUUUCAGUAAGUUGUGUAACAUGAAAAGAUUCGAUAAAAUGUUGAAAUAAAAUUAGAAUUUUUCUAUUACUGAAAUGUUGAAAUAAAAUUAGAAUUUUUUUAUUACUGAUGCUGGAGAACUAACUAUACAGGCUGGUGAUAUAGGGGUUUCAGAAUAUGUCACCCCAAAAUAUGCCGGGUUGGCAUUUGUUUUAAAGGCACUUGAGAAAUAGUGGUGCAAAAAGGACAUUGCCCCUCUUUGCCCCUCUGAAAGUGGAUGAUAAAGUUACCCUGCUUGUACCAGGGGGGUAGAAGGCAACCUCAUCCUACCAGAGACAUGGAAUUUAGGCCUGAAAGGGCUGUGUAAAUAAACCUUGUUAAUUCCUCACCAUUUACUUUCCUUAGCCUAAACUCCUCUGCCUUGUCAAUUCUUCACAAAUGGAUGUUUCAGUGUCUAAAAGAUAAUAAAACUUUCUGCUAUGUUCA